CCUUCCUUUACCCCAAUUUAAUUCUCUCCAAAAACAACAACAACAAAAAUUCUCUCUUAACAAAAACACAACACAAAUUAAACACAUUAUUGACACACCACUAAAAUUCCCAAAUCCAUUUCUGGUUCACUUGGAUUACAUGCGUACUACAACAAUGUCUCCAGUCGAGAUGAGACUCGAAGAUUAUAACCAGAAUAACAGUAAAUCCUCUCGGAGAAGACGAGUUAAUUUCCGGCAACUCCUUCAACACUCUUCCGAGGAAGAAACCGAAGACACCCGCCACUCGUAUUCGAGUGGCAGACCCAGUAAUGCAUCAGCGGAAACUUUGUCGACCAGUAGCAACAGCCCAAGAUUAAGUAGUUUCAACUACACAGAUGAGAACUAUUCCAGUAGUAAUUCUCCUAACCACAACAAUAUCAUGUCAUCCUCUCCUUUACACCAAUCAUCCUCACCUUAUCUUAAAUCACCAUGGAUAAAAUUAUCCCCUCACCAUCACCAGUACCCCGCUACACCCAAUAAUACAACGAAUGAUCAUACGUACUUUUCCCGAGGGAGGAAGUGUUUAAUCGGGUCUCUUCUUCGAGAAGAAGGACACGUGUACUCCCUCGCGGUAAAAGAUGCGAUGUUGUAUACGGGUUCUCAGUCCAAGAAUAUUCGGGUUUGGAGAAACUUCCAGGAUGCGGGCGGGUUUAAGUCCGGGAGUGGGUUGGUUAAAGCGAUAGUUAUUUCAAAAGAUAACCAAGUGUUUACCGGUCAUCAAGAUGGGAAGAUCCGGAUAUGGAACCCGAGAGGGAAGCGGGUUGGUACGCUUCCGAAGCUCGGGGAUUAUAUAAGGAGCUCCAUUAACCCGAAGAACUACGUCGAGGUAAGGAGACACCAUAAAGUACCUAAGAUACGACAUUUUGAUGCGGUUUCGUGCAUGAGCUUGAAUGAGGAGUUUGGGUUGUUGUAUUCGGGUUCGUGGGAUAAGACGAUAAAAGUGUGGAGGUUAUCCGAUGGGAAGUGCAUGGAGUCGUUCGAGGCGCAUGAUGAUGCGAUAAACUCCAUUGUAGUCGGGUUUGACGGGCUUGUGUUUUCGGGCUCGGCGGACGGGACGGUGAAGGUGUGGAGGAGGGAGUUGGAUGGGAGAAGUGUAAGACACGUCCUUGUUAGGACGUUGUUGAAGCAAGAAAAUGCUGUUACGGCGUUGACGGUGGCAGCAGCGGCGGAGGAGGAGAGUGGUGGAUGGGUGUUGUACGCGGGGUCGUCGGAUGGGUUGGUGAAUUUUUGGGAGAGGGAUGAGGAGGAAGGGUUGGUGUACGGAGGGGUGUUGAGAGGGCAUAAGUCGGCGGUUUUGUGUUUGGCUACGGCGGGGAGUUUGGUGUUGAGUGGGUCCGCCGAUAAGACUAUCUGUGUUUGGAGGAGAGAAGGUGAUGGGGACCACUCUUGCCUCGCUGUCAUGUCGGGCCAUAGUGGGCCCGUUAAGUGUUUAGCCGUUGAGCAAGAUGAUGACGAUAAUGAUGACGUUGAUCAACGCCGUGAGUGGGUGGUGUAUAGUGGUAGCUUGGACAAGUCAGUCAAAAUAUGGCGCGUGUCUGAGGACGCGUACGAUGAAGAAUGAACGCGUUUGGUUUUGAACUGAAUUUUGAUUGCGUGUGUGCAUGAUUCUAACUUUUCAAACGUGUGGUGGCGGAAGCGUGGAGCACACGCGCCGCCGUGGUGGUGGCUUAGCAUUUCUAGAAGCAAAGAAAAAAGGGUGACUGUGUUGGUAUGUGGAAAGAGAAAGCGACCGGUCACCGACCCGUUUGGAAGUGCGGAGCACGGUGGGAAUCCAAGAGAGCCAAAGGGAAAUGAAUGGCUAUUGGUCCCCUGUGGCAACGUUACAAAUGUUUAUUUAUUUUUUGAUAUGGAUUUGAAAAGAUGCAACAUUAAUUGUAUAGUUAAUAAAACAAACCAAAUUAUGGAUUAAUUAAAUAGCUGCCAAAUCUUUGGAUGUUAAGAUCGCUUUCUGAGUGUUACUCUUGCCAUAAACUAGAAGAAAAGGCAUAUGAAAUGGUGUGUUGUACAUGUGUUUAAGAAUUUAUGUAUUUGUCCGUUUGUUAA